UGUACUCUUCGUCGUCGUCGAUCACCUUCUCUUCAGCUUCUCGAUCGUCAUUUCGUGCUUCCCCGAUCGAUCGAGCUUGAGGCUUUGAGGGGAUCGCCAUGAGUUCAGCACGCUCACCGGUUGCCGGCGCAGCGCUGGCGCUGCUCGCGCUCACGGUGGCAGUAGCCACCGCGACGACCGUCGCCGCGGCGCGCGACUUGCGCUCGGCGGCGCCGCUGGAGCGGGCGGACGAGGAGGUGCGGCAGCUCUACAAGACGUGGAAGUCGGAGCACGGCCGGCCAAGAGACGGCAUCUCCGUCGCCGACGGGCUACGUCUGAAGGUGUUCCGAGACAACCUGCGGUACAUCGACGCCCACAACGCGGAGGCGGACGCCGGGCUCCACACCUUCCGCCUCGGCCUCACCCCCUUCACCGACCUCACCCUGGAGGAGUUCCGCGCCCACGCGCUCGGCUUCCUCAACUCCACUCUGCCCCGCGUCGCCAGCGACCGCUACCUGCCCCGCGCCGGCGAUGACCUCCCCGACGCCGUCGACUGGCGCCAGCAGGGCGCCGUCACCGGGGUCAAGAACCAGCUGGACUGCGGUGGGUGCUGGGCGUUCUCGGCGGUGGCAGCCAUGGAGGGGAUCAACAAGAUCGUGACGAACAACCUCAUAUCGCUGUCGGAGCAGGAGCUGAUUGACUGCGACACUGAGGACUACGGCUGCCAGGGUGGAGAGAUGCAGAAAGCUUUCCAGUUCGUGAUCGACAACGGCGGCAUUGACACCGAGGCCGACUACCCCUUCAUCGGAACGAACGGGACCUGCGAUGCAAUCAGGGAGAAGAGGAAGGUUGUGUCCAUAGAUUCAUACGAGAAUGUGCCGACCAACGAUGAGGAGGCGCUGCAGAAGGCGGUGGCGAACCAGCCGGUCAGUGUCGCCAUUGACUCGAGCAGUCCUGCGUUCCAACACUACAGCUCGGGCAUCUUCAACGGGCCGUGCGGGUUCAUACUGGACCACGGCGUGACGGCGGUGGGCUACGGCAGCGACAACGGCGAGGACUUCUGGAUCGUCAAGAACUCGUGGGGCGCCGAGUGGGGAGAGUCUGGCUACAUCCGCAUGAAGCGCAACGUGCUUUUGCCCAUGGGCAAGUGCGGCAUCGCCAUGUACGCGUCCUACCCCGUCAAGAACGGCCGCUGACCGCCGACGUACGGCUAAGCCAUGGAUAGAAAAACAUCAAGAUGGUUCUUGCUGUCGGUAGGCUGCUGACCGCUUGCCCUUGCUCUGGUGCGUGUCUAAGAGUCUUUGUUUAUUAGCGUCGUUUAUUAAGCGUUUGUUGUAUGGAGUGUUCUGGUGAAAAUGGUCUCAUUAUUGAAUUUUAUUUAUUUAUUUGUAACACGACAAAUAAGUUAUGAAUAAAGUUAAUAUUAUGUAACAAAAUAAA